UCUCGCGUAUUUAUAAAAUACGAAUAUGAUACUAUGAACACUUCUCUCAUAUCAAUAUGUCGCCGCUCAAUUUACUUUUUUUCCUUUUAACUCCAAGUUGCUACUCGCUGAGCAUCGGAGUGAGUGAUAAAAAUGUGACGAAGCGUGCUGCAAAUAGCGAAUUCUUUCCGGACUGGGUCCCCUUCAAGAACAAGCAUGGUGAGGAGCUCGGAGAGUUCGUGGCUGUGGCCAAAGCGAAACCGAAAAAACGACUCGCACCGCCUAUGAAUUUCAUACUAAAAGCUGUCGCCGAACCAAACGGCGAUGAUUAUUAUGAUAAAGGUCAAGGCGAAAGCGACAACGAAGAUUAUUAUGAAAAGAAGGAAUGGUCUGACUUAAACAGACCUGCAGAACCUGUUGAUCCGAAUAAACCGAUAAGCCAAAAUAUAUCUGAUAUAGAUGGAAUCGUAAAUAUAAUAACCAAACCUGUAGACGAUCCCGUGAUAAAAGCUAUACAAGUGCGUAACAAAGAAAAUCAGGAAGCAAAGCAAAAAUCAGAGGAAGAAAAUCAAAAUGUUAGUGAAGAAAAGGAAAGCCUUAAAACUAAAGAUGAAAAACAAGAUAUACAACCAGAGGCCGAAAGUGAUGAAAAAGAAGAGAAACGCCCGAGGCGAUAUGAAGAUGAUGUUGAAUACGAAGAAGCGAGUUCUGAAAAGCAAAAACCUGAAGUUGUCGAUGAAGAAAAGCGUGAAAGCGAGGAAAAGAAAGCAAAAUUGUUAAGUAGCGUUGAUGAUUUAAAAGAACGACAUGCACAAGAGCAACGUGCGAUAAAUGAAAAAGUAAAAGAGGAAGAAUUAUUCCGAGAAGAUUUCGAAAGAGACAACUUAGGAUCUAGUGAAGAGAAUGAUAAGUACGCAAAAGGAAAAGGACCAAAAUGGAAGAAAAUAACUGAUUAUGAAGAAUACAACGAUGAUGUUGGAUCUGUAGAGGAUAAGUAUAAACUUAAUCAUGAAAAAACAACAACGACGACAACUACACAAUCACCUAAAAAGAGCAAAAAGCGCAAAUCCAAAAAGGAAAAAUCUGUAGCUACUGGUAAGCUGUCCGUUUUUAGAAAUCCUCAACUUUAUAUGAUCGUUGAUGAAAACGAAAGUACAACACCAAAACCCAAAGCGGAAAAAUCUAAUGAAAAGUUUUCAGCCAAAUAUUCAGCAGAUGAUGACAACGUAAGAAUAUCAUUAGUCCCAGCAGAUGAUGAUUCAAAGGAAGGUGAGCCAACGCGUUUCUUCCCUAAGAAAAGGAAAAAUAAGCGAAAUAAAGCAAAGACAACUGCGUCACCCAUAACAUUCAAUACAGAGACGAUAAGUCUGCCAACAACAGCGUCUGAUACAACUGGUUUUGAUGCAUCGGCGUCUGACACAACUGCUUCGGAUGUGGAUUCGUCUGCAUCGAACACCGCACCGUCUGCGUCUGACGCAAUCCCUUCUGCAACGUCAGGCGCAGACGUUGACUCCACGCAUGCGUCAACUGAUAAAGAAGAAGAGAAGAAGAUUGCAGAUUAUAGCCACGAAAAAGGUGGAGGUCGAAAACACGAGUCGGAAUAUUCAGAAGAACACGGAGAGCACGGCAAAAAGGCGUAUGAGGGGUACCACGAAGACACGAAGACCAGCAAGGGCCACCAUGACAAGGAGAGUCACCACGAUAAGUACAAGGACCAGGGUGGAAUAGAUAAGAAGCACCAUGAUGAGAAGGAGCAUUAUGGAGCUCAUCAUCAUGAGGAACACGGGAAGAAACAUGCGAAGUACGAAGAAUCAGGCAAGCAUUCAAAGGGACACAGCACUAAAGGUAGCCACGAUAUUCACAAGAAAGACGAAUAUGAGAAGAGAGUAGAGUUCUUUGAAGAAGACGGAGACUCGGAUGAAAUAGAGAUGCAUGGAGGACAUCAUAGUGAGAAGGAACAUUCUAUGGGUGGACAUUACAAGAAGUCCAAUCUAGAAGCAAGCCACAAGGGCCACGCGAAGGGCGACACGGGACAUUUCAGCAAAAAUGGACAUGAACAUACUAACAAGGGUCACAGUGCCUCUGGAGGUCACAGUCAUCACGGGCACCACGGUCACCAGCACCACGGCGAAGGUGGUAGGAAUGGCGGCAAGAAGUGGGUCUACCAUCACGGCUACCCCGCGAAAACGGCUAACUUAGUAGUGAUUGAUCGACGAAACGAUUACCAACACGGCCCGCAGUACUUUGGUUAAUUUUUAAGUAGCCAUAAGAACAUAUUUUGGUAAAUAAUUGGAUUAUUAUGUUAGGGAGUUUUUCAUAAAUUAACUCUUAAUAAUUGUCAACGAUGUUCGAUAGUUUUGUGAAGGGUUGUGUCCUGUGACGUCAUUUGACAAAAUUUUAAGUGUUAAGAAAGAAAAAGAUAAAUCUGUUAACAGACAUGUCGUCACACAAUAGUGAGUAAGUCCGCAGUAAAACAGGUGAUAAUUUAUUUUUAACUUUUUUUUAAUUUCACCUAGAUAUAGUAAUUCUAUGUUUACAUAAUCAGAAUAUCGGAAAGAGCAUGUUAAAUGUAACGUAAAUUAAAUUAACGUAAGUUUUGCUCUUUGUUAAAGCACGUUUGCGUAAUUAGCUCGAAAAAAUUUUAAGUUUUGUAUAAUUAGUAACUAAUGAUUUGUAUUUGUUUUAAUGAAUAAUAGCCAUAACAUUGAUUUUUUGUCACAUUGCUUAACAAUUAUUAAAUUCUUCCUACAAUUCAUUUAUUUCUAAUUAAGAAUUUUCGAUAAUAAUAAAGAUCAUAGAUA